AUGGAGCCGUAUUCGAGACUUCGGGCGGACUUGCACCCGGAACAGAAGUUGCUACAACACUCAGUCGUGAUGCAUGCUAAGACGGCGUCGUUGUCAGGUUGCACGGUGCAGUACUUGCGACGGUGCAGAGAACACGAUGCAUACGCGAAGCUUCGUAGGAAGGGAGAGCGAGGAGUGAAGUGGAUUGCCGGUCGUCACCGGCCAGUGCAGAGCUCCCUAGCAGCAAUUCGUAUUGGACAUCUCGGCAAUGCUCUCAUGGAAGUGAGCUCUGCCAACCAGGGUGCGUGCUUGCAGCUGCAGCCACCUUCGGGGAGCUUGAGAAACUACUACACAAAGCUGGUCCACUUGCUCCCCCACUCAUCAACCUCGGACUCCUACAACCAAGGACCUCAACUCAUCUCGAUCAUCACAAUGAAGACCAACUUCCUCGCACUGCUCUCAACGCUCGUCGUGGCCACCUCGGCCGUGACCGCCUCGGUCAUCCCAUCCACUGGUGACAACCAAGUGCUCUCCGAGCGAGCUGCUUCGACUCUCAACGCCGCCAUCGUUGCCCGAGGACGCAAGUACUAUGGCACCGCCACCGAUCAGGGCGACUUCUCCAACUCGAACCUCAACAACAUCAUCAAGGCCGAAUUUGGUGCAGUCACCCCGGAGAACUCGAUGAAGUGGGAUGCCACUCAACCCCAGCGCGGCACAUUCAACUUCAACGGUGCUGAUGCUCUCGUCAACUACGCCCAACAGAACGGCAAGCUCAUCCGCGGUCACACCCUUGUCUGGCACUCUCAGCUCCCUUCCUGGGUUUCCUCCAUCACCGACCCCAACGACCUCACCAGCGUUAUCCAGAACCGAAUCGCCACCGUCAUGGGCAGGUACAAGGGCAAGAUCUACGCCUGGGACGUCGUCAACGAGAUGUUCAACGAGGACGGCUCGUUCCGUCAGAGCGUCUUCUACAAGGUUCUCGGCGAGAACUUUGUCAAGAUCGCAUUCGAGGCGGCAAGGAAGGCGGAUCCCAACGCCAAGCUCUACAUCAACGACUACAACCUCGACGACCCCAACUACGCCAAGCUCACCUCGUUGGUGAGCAACGUCAAGAAGUGGCGAUCGCAAGGUAUCCCCAUCGACGGCAUCGGAUCGCAGUCGCACUUGCAGGCUCCCGGUGGAUUCCCAGACGCUUCCAAGGUUCAGGCCGCCAUGGCUUCGCUUUGCGGCGCUGCUUCGGAGUGUGCCAUGACCGAGCUCGACAUUGCUCAGGCCGACACUACCUCGUACACCAAGGCUACCCAGGCCUGUCUCGCGCAGAAGAACUGCGUCGGCAUCACUGUCUGGGGUGUGUCAGACAACACCUCCUGGCGAAGCAGCUCCAACCCACUUCUUUGGAACGGCAGCUACCAGAAGAAGCCCGCGUACUCCGCCGUGCUCAACACUCUCAACUCCGCCUAG